AUGACAGACUAUUAUCAACCUAGUUUGCUUUUCAGACAGAAUGCAAUGAGACGUCGGUAUCAUCCUCAAUUGUCACCAAUAAUGAGUAAUGAAAGUCUCGAUUCACAAAUAUCACAACUAAGUCUCAAAGGGUCACAGAAGUCAAGCAAUUCUUGGCUACUUAAAGACUUCAAUGACUCAGAUCUUCAGUUGGUGAACAAAUCAUGUGCUUUGGACAGAGUCAAUGUCACAUCCAAUUACUGGAAAGUUCCAGAUAACACCAUGUAUUUGACAUCCAUGGCCAUCAAAAGGCAAGCUGAAGAACAAGAUUCAGAAGACGUAAGGAUAGCCAUUGCUAGUGGAGGUAGCGAGAAUAACCUUUUCAUCUAUGACUUGGACAUAGUAGACACAUAUCUCACCCAUCAAAGUACUAUAUCGUUAGCCAAUAUCCAUUCGUUGCAAUGGGUACCUCAAACAGAUAACUUAUUAAUCACCGGUAACGAUAAAGGGUACGCACAUUUGGUGUCUAUUCCCGAAUCAGAUUCAGACGAAAGUGCAGAGAUAUGUAAACGGUUCAAUCACAGGAAACACAUGAAGACCGUUAAUAAACCAACAAACAAUGAUUAUUAUUCCCAUACAAGUAUCAAGAGAAUGUGCCUUAAUAAUGGGAAUAGAGAAUUGCUCACCAUUUAUGAUACCAAUUUGUUCCAUUGGGAUAUUCAUGGAGCUCACACCCAAUUGAAGCCCUCUCCAAUGCUGAUAACUCCAAUACCUGGUUUAAUGAAUCUAGAACCCAUGAGUAAUAAUGCACCACAUCAAAUAGGAAUCUGUGGUAAGUUCGGAGUUUCUCUAUUGGACUUGCGAGACCACAAGUUCUCUGUACCCAAAAGGGACCUCUCUGUCAAGGAACAACACAACUUCCAAUGUAACAUGAUGAGAUGGAAACCUCACGAUGCCAAUGUGUUUGCAGGAGCACACAGAGAUGGAGUGGUGAGGAUUUGGGAUAUUCGGAAACAAGGAGAAAGCGUUGGCAACUUUAGUGGUCACACAGGGAGAGUCACCAGUAUGGAAUGGAACAACGGCGAUUUGUUCACUGGUGGAAAAGAUGGGAAUAUCAUCUUUUGGGAUCUCAAUGGAUCCAAUGGUAGUCUAAAGAACUGUGGGGUAAAACAAGGACUUGAAAGUGUUCAUUUUGAUCCCAAAACAAAUACUGUUGACAAAGUCUUGAACCAGACCCAAUGUGGAACGGUGUUACCUGCUUCCAAUACUAAUGUGGUGGGGAUGACAUCUAUUAGUCAACGCAAAGAUGGAGCCUCAGUAUUAUCCAUUGAUGGUAGUUCAUAUUUGGGAGUUCACAAACGUCUAGAAGAUGUGUAUGACCUUGAGCUGGCCUUAUACUACACCAAAGAGGAGUUGAAGUUGAUGAAGUUGAGUGAAGUUGGCACCGGUGGUAGUAGUAAUACGUUGGUUGGUGGGGAUCAUACUGGCUGUGAAAUUGAUAUUGAACUACUUGAAUGCAAACCAUUGCAACCAAUCAAGAAUACCGACAGCGUUGACAUGGCUGACAUUAUUGAUGUCGACGAGUCCUUAACGUUUGGUUUAGGACAUAAGAACAUGUCUAACGAUACUUUGGUUUCUACUACAAGUAGUUGUUAUGAACUGCUUGAUCCCAAAGUUGUUCUUCUCCAACGUCAACCACUGACCAGUUCUAGUACAUACAGUGAUGACGAUGACGAUGACGAUGCUGAUAAGGAUACCACCCAGUUCAUGUCACCGGGGUCGCUUGUAUCUGAUAACACUUUAGACUCAAUUGCAUCACCAAUCUCUGUGGCAACAGAGGGAGCCAACGACAAUAACGGAUCUAUUGAUACAUUGGACACAUUAUAUUCAUCUGAGGUUCAAUUGCACCAUAAAUCCAAUCUGCUACAAUCUUCAACAUUGGAUUACAGUAAGUUCAGACUUGAGCUUGAUUUUGAACUUGAUACAGAUGAUUUUGAUUUCGGUGCUCCAGCCAUCAUGGCAUAA